AUAUAAAUAUAUUUAUUAAUUAAGUUUAAUAUAUAGUUUAAUAACAUAAAAUAACAUAACAUAAAAAUAAUAAUAAUAAUAAUAAUAAUAAUAAUAAUAAUAAUAAUAAUAAUAAUAAUAAUAAUUAUACAAAAUGUCAACUAAAGCAUCUCUUCUCUUACAAAAACAACUUGCCCAUUUAAAGAAACAUCCAAUAGAAGGUUUUAGCGCUGGUUUAAUUGAUGAAUCAAAUAUCUAUGAAUGGCAAAUUAUGAUUAUGGGUCCAUCAGAAACCCCAUAUGAAGGUGGUAUUUUUUAUGCUACUUUAACAUUCACACCAGAAUAUCCAGAUAAACCACCAAAGAUGAAGUUUACAUCAGAAAUGUGGCACCCAAAUGUUUAUAAGGAGGGUGAAGUUUGUAUUUCAAUUUUACAUGAAGGUGAAGAUGCUUAUGGUUAUGAAAAAGCUAAUGAAAGAUGGACACCAGUUCACACAGUUGAGUCUAUUCUUAUUUCAGUUAUUUCAAUGUUGUCAAGUCCAAACGAUGAAUCUCCAGCUAAUAUCGAUGCCGCUAAAGAAUGGCGUUCCCAAAGAGAGGUUUUUAACAAAAAAGUUCAAAGAAUUGUAAGAAAAUCACAAGAUGCUUAAAACCAUUUUGUCAAUAUAUAUAAAUUAUAAUUAAACAAAUCAAACAAAUCAAACAAAUCAAACAAAACAAAACCCAAUAUAAUAAUACGAACAAUAGCAACACAAAUGAUACCAUUACGAUUUUAUAUAACUAUAAAUAUAAUGAUUCAUUAUAUUUAAUCGACAAAAAAAGAGAUUAAAAAACAAUAAAAAUAAAAAAAAUAGAUGUAUAUAUAGUAAAUUUAAAAUAGAAAGGUUAUUUUAAGCAUUUUAUCUUAC